UGUAACUUUUUACACAUUCGCUGAUUUUCUCCGACCUCUCAAAACUAAUUGAUAUAAAUCGCUGUGUUGCGUUUUGCCUGCUAAUAAUCAAUGCAUCAUACAUGAUGGGAAUUGUAUUUUAUUCUGAUGAAAAAUUUUUUUCCGUUGAUGUCAAACACGCAGCAUCCGCACAGUUGCGUUAAUAGCAAGGAAUGACUGAUCUUAUGACUUGUGUGUUUUCAACAGAAUUGUGAUACACAUUACAUUGGAUUAAUCUAUCUGACACCACAGUGUGAUGAACCAUGGGUUGCGGGAGUUCUUCAAACAAAAUGAAGGUCCCCUUCUCCGAACUGGACAAAAUGUACAUCAGAGAAACAUGGGUUCAGUUUUCUGAUGGUGGAAUUGUAGAAAGCGGACAGCACCUUUUCCUAAAGAUGUUUGAGAAAAGGCCAGAUAUAAAAGAUCUCUUCCUGUACUCAAAGGAUGGGAAUGUGGCGUCAAAGAUGUUCGGGAAGAACCGUCAGUUCAACAACCAUGUGCGCCGGGUGUUCGAGAUGCUGGGGUCGGUGGUGUCGAACCUCGAUGAGUACUGGGAUGUCGAACCCCUUCUCGUCAGUCUGGGCUCAAAGCACGCCACGUUUGCCCUUCAGAAGGACUACUUCUUGUUGUUCGGAGAUUGUCUGAUGUACAGUUUGGAACGAAAGCUGGGGGACAAAUUGACACCGGAAGCGAAGCAGGCGUGGCACCGCAUGGUUAAGUUCGUAAUACCGCUGAUGAUUUCCGGUUGGACAAUAGGCACGGCCAAACUUAAAGGACAUGGAUGACGGCCACGCGAUGCGUAUCUGAAAACAUCCUUUGGAUAUGCUCUUUUGGCCGAGAUGCAGUUAAAGACAUUUACUAUUCGACAUGUUACUUAUUAUAAACUAGUAUUCGAUUAGUGUAAAUUGUUUACACUCGGGUCUAUUAAUGCUUGGAUUUAUUUUCAAGACGUAAUUUUAGAAAAGCAUCAUGAAAAUGUCCAAAAAUAGAGCAAUUACAAAUAAUAUAUUUAUAUAUAUAUAUAUUGUUAGUAUACUUGUACAUACAAAACAUGAUAAAGAAUUCAAAACAGGAUCACAGAGAAAUCAAAUCAGCUAAACCAAUCGAUAUGUUUGACAAGCUAUACACUGAAAACAUCUGUAAAUGUGACAUAUUGAACAUAUUUGUAAAUCCACCUUGGAAUAUUUGUUAUAUCAGUAGUUUCAAACAACUAUAGAACGGUUGGUUGCGAUUUUCGAACAUGCAGUUACUUCUUGAUUAUGUCUGGUAGAGUUGUGUAUAGCCUAUUCUAAUUCGGUCACUAGAUAACCAAAUGUCGACAACGCAGUCUACAUCAGCUAUAAAAUGGAAGUGUCCAGGUGUUCUACAACAACAACUACUACUAGAUAUAAUGUUCUCAGUGUAUUCUAUGUAAGCUUCCAAUACAGGUAGAUAUAAAAACAGAUUAACCGUCAUAUACAACUAUUUCCAGAGUAUUUUUACAUCAACUAUAAAAAUCAACAGUUUACAGCAACUACUAGAAACCAGUGUCUACAUCGAAUGCUACAUCUGGAUUCAAAUGUUCAUAGCAUAUUUUACAUCAACUAUUGGACAGAAAUGUUCAGAAAUUCCACGCCAAAUACUAGAUACAAAGGUUCAAUUAACUAAGCUCGUACGGGAAAUAAAUGAUUACAUAUUCAAUGUUUACUACUAGAAUUAAAAUUUCAAAAACUCUGCUACGUCAACCACCAAAUACAAAUCAAUAUUCACAAAGAAUUCCACCACCAUAUACAUACGUUCAUUUAAUAUGUCUCAGCGGAGUGAAACGGUCACAUGUAUAUCGUAGUAGGGUCAUAUCUCUGGAGUCCGUGACCAUUUUUCUCCUACCUUUUUUUAUGAUUGAUUUGACUACCUGAACCAUUAUAGAAAACAAAUGAGCUCCUAUGUACCUCCAGAAUGUGACGGCUAA